AUGAACCUCCCCCCGUCUGACAUUAUCCCGCUACCGGCGGCCCUCCGAAAGCGCUUCUACGAGCCCGUCGUCAUCUUGUGCUGUGUGCCACGGUACUGCAUUCGAAACAGCGUCGAGGCGGUGACUUACGAAGUCGAUACGCCAAAGAGUCUAGAGCAUACAUAUUGCUGCUUUGUCGACAAGCUCUGCCAAAUCUGCGACAGCCAGCGCGGAGGAGAAACAGUCACGUCAUUCGGGGUCAUCCGGCUUGGCACAGUCCAGUACUGGUUUGCAUCGAACCAGAGAACUGCUGCCGAGCUGGGGGCUGUCAGAGGCUACAUCACUGGCAUCUUCCAAGCCCUUUCCGGCUCGUCUAAAAGCGAUGUCAAACUGGCCAUCGCAAAUCCACGACGCGCGCUGUACUCUGAAAUUCUGACGAGGAUUGUCAGAUUCAACCGGGGAAGGAUAGAGCUCUACGUUGAGCGGCUUUCUAAGGAACUCGGAAUAUGUCUCGACGAUAUAUACGACGCAGACGGCUCCCAGGAUGAGAAUUCUAACGCAGACGACCUCAGCACCAUCAAGGACCUGGCCCAGUUUGCCCAGACAAGGCCAGGGAUGAGCGAAGAUGAGUACGCAACUCAAACCCAGACUCUAAUGUACACGCUCGACGAUCUCUUCCACGGCGAACUCGAAACCUUUGUUCGCGAGAAGUGCAUCGCGACGCAGGCAAAACGUGGCAACAAGGCCGCCCAACGCAGCGUAGACGAGCCGCUCGGGAGCCCUUGGGAAGACGCAUACCACUGCAUCGGCCGGCUGCGGUCGUACUUUCUUGCCGUCAAAAUCCUGCUGUCAGCCCGCAAAUACUGGCCCGAGCUGUUUGGUGCCGACGUCCAAGUCGUGCCCCUCCCGUCAAGCCGCCCAGAGCGCGACCCGCCGAGCAUCCGCAAAUCGGCCGACCGCAUCUUGCACAGCAUGAUCCAAGCCCAAAAGUCUGCUGGCGGCGGCGGCGGCGGCGGCGGCGGCGGCGGCGGUGAAUUCAAGGCGUACCGGAGGAACACGGCCGACCUCAAGGCGUGGGGCGUCGACAAGCGCAUCCAAGAGGUGACGCACCAGUCGCACUUCCGGCCCAUCGUGCACGCCGAAGUCCUCGUCGACGACGCCGUCCGGCGCGCGCAGCGCCAAGCAUCGGCGAGCCACUCGGAAGAAGACGAGGAGGAACCGCUGCAGUUCUUCCGCGAGGCCGAGUUUGGGCGGUACAUCGGCUCGAGCAAGCCAACGUGCCGGUUGUGCGCGCUGUAUUUUGCGGCGCAGGGCGACGGGCCACGUGUGCGGCCGCCGCACGGGAAUGUGUACCACAACUGGCGGUUCCCGGACGUGUUCGCGGGUGACGGCGAUGAGGACGCGGGGCAGCGCCGCGACGCCGUGCUGGAGAAGAUGGCCGCCACCCUGCGCGCCGACAUGUGGAACGCCAUACGCAGCAAGUCGGUGCCCUGGAAGGCCUGGGACUCUAACGACACGGCCACCAACCCGCUACUAGCCCGCGGUACGGCCACUGCGGCGAGUGUCGUCGAUGUGCUGGCCGUAAGGGUUGUGUUGAACUUGAUCGAAGUCGACAGCGAAUUGAAUUGUCUGCUCAAAUCAGGUCUAGUAAAACACGAAUGA